UCCCCACCUCUUCCCUUGUAUCAUUUUAAGCCGAAAACGACUACCGGCAAAACUUCACACAGCUGUGAUGGCGUUUGCUGAUGCUCUCUUUGGCUUACGCUCCCAUGUUGGCUACUAACACCCCUGGGUCUAUUAAUAAAAGGUUAGACAUUUCUAGAGAGUGUUCUCAUGAAAGUUGUCUGUUAAAUUUAUUAUUAUUUUGUGUUAGUUAGGGGACAGAUUCGUAAGAUUUAAAAUUAAAGUCUAGUGACUUUCCUGCAAAGAACAAAGCUCAAAAGAAAUAUCUGGAGAGCGCUCAUUUUGUAAUGCUUUACCUUGCAAUAAUAUACCUUGCCUGCUACCACCCCCGUGAUGAAGAAGAGAAGCCGCUUUCAAUUGUGAAAGCUUUGGCUUUCAAUAAACUGACUGGCGACGAGGCUUUCAAUUCGAAGAGAGAGCGAGACUUUCGCUCAAGCUUUGGCGUUGCUUCUGCUCUCAAUUGUCUCGCGUCCAUGGCCGAAGUCGGUUCGUUUUUGCGGCUUAUUUGCACCUCUGUAGACGUUCCGUUUAACGGUAUAAACGGAAAGAACGCUUUUGUUGUGUGACGCGCGGCACCCGUUUCUGCGUGUGUGCGUGCUACAGUGUGUCUGUGUGUGUGUGCUUCUAUAUGUGCGCGCGCGACUGUGUGUGUGUGAGUGGGAGUCAAACAAAUAGAAAAACGCAAACGCUAAAAGGGCCGAAAGAAAUCAUAGAGCAGGAAUCCCGUACAAACGGGGGUGGCGACAAACCACUGCUCCCUGUGUAACCACCACCCCCCCUCCCUCCGUUCCGCACAACACAAACCCGCUAAAUACGCUCACGUAUGCACCGUUAAAGUCGCCAUCAAUUCUCAAUAUCCAAUAACAACAACAAAAAAAAAAACAAAAAAAGGAGAGUAAAACAGGAGAGUCGGCUAAUAAAAACAACCAUAACCGUUUGACGAAAGCAACAACAAGUGAAGCAUAAUUUGAACAAGCAGCACAACAAAAGGGAAAGCAGAAACAACUCAGUCUGAGAGAGAGCGAGAAACAGACGUCACUGAGUGGAAUAAAGAUAGCCACAGCGGUCACUCGGAAAGAGGAAAAAACAACAACGGACUCUGAGAGAAGGGGUAAUAGAACAACGGACUCUGAGAGAAGGAGAAAAAAUAAAACAAAGGAGAGAUAGAAACAACGAAAAUCAAAACAUGAAAAAAAUAAAGAACAUUUGAAGAAAACGAAUAACAAAAGACUAUUUUGAAUAACGGAUUCCACAAAUUAACGGACACUGCAAAAAAAGAACAGGCUCCAGAGAAAAAAAAAUACUUUUUUGGGUCUGCAUCAUCCGCUGUGGGAGUGGCUAACUGCAUCAAACUGUAAUGUUCCAUUGUCAUCGAACCCCGUUCAUCAUCCACUCAUCAUUUUCAUACUCAUCAUUAUCAUCAACGUGGGUUCCAUCAACAAAAUGUCCAAAGCGAAGGGAAACAUUGGACCCACGCUAGGAGGUUCAAUCGGUGGAGCAAACGGUGUUAGGACGGAGGAUCACAUAAUAACCAUCAGCACUGCCAGCCUCACGGAAGCCAGCAACGGGGAAGCACUGAAGCAAUCAUCUGCCAGAGAUACAUCCAUAGUUCUGGCACCAUCCGUGGAGGUGCACCACCAACAGCCGACAAAAGCCAAUAGUGCCCAAACCCAUACGAGUAAUAAAGGAUACUCCCUUUGUCGAUUGUCCCAGUUGGUUAGCUACCAGAACAACAUUGCGGAUGUGCAGCAUCGACGCGGUAGACGCCUCCAUGGACUGCAGCUGCCAUUGCAUCCGUUGCAACUAUUUGGAUGGUUGGUCCUGCUGCUCUUCGGUUUGGCCAGCUAUUGGGUGUUGAUCCCCGCAUUUCAUGCGCCGCUACAGGGCCCGCUAUAUGGCCUCAUCACUGGACUGUAUCUCGUGCACAUUGCCUCACAUUUGACGGCCCUGCUGACGGAUCCGGCAGACAAGGAGCUGCGGCGUGUGCAUCGCAACGAUCGCAUUGUCCCAGAGUUCGAUCGCACCAAGCACGGACACGUGAUUGAGAACGGACGGUGUCAUUUGUGCAACAUACGCACCUCCUCGAGCCGCACCAAGCACUGUUCGGUGUGCAACAAGUGUGUGGGAAAGUUCGACCAUCACUGCAAGUGGUUGAAUCAUUGCAUCGGAUCGAGGAACUAUGUGGCCUUCCUGAUGUGCGUCGUCAGUGCGGUUGUGGCCACCCUGGUGAUUGUGGCCGCGGUGAUUGCCCAAAUCGCCUUCUACUACAUGCAACCGGAGUGGCUGAGCUUCUACUGGUGUCGUUCCAUCAGCGAUACGGAUGCCGGACACCAAAUGGAGCCCGGGGACUACAUAAAUCUCACUCUAAGUCUUGGAAAUGGCACCAUGAUGCUGUUGGAGCAGCCCCCCGAGGAGGAUGAGCCCCAACAGAUGGAUGAGCAAAUGGAAAACAUUACCAGCAUUUCAACGUGGCCCACACUCUUGGAGAAUUUUACGGCUUUGAUUGAGGCUUCAGCCACAUCUCAGCCAGCCAUUAAUUUGACCACGAAUCAGACCAUCACACCCGUAGUGGGGGGAAUAGGCGUAAAUGAAACUAUAUUCCUGCUGCUCCUGGGAGUCCUGGGACUCUUGGCAGCCGUCAGUGCAGGAUUACUUCUCCAUCUGUGCUUUUUCCACAUAUACAUCUCGUUUUUGGGACUCACGACCUACGAGUACAUCAGGAAUCAUCGUCAGGCGCAGGAGGCCAAAGCCAAACAGCUGCUGGAGCACGGUACAGCCGUGGAAGUGGGAAAAAAUGGAACAGUUCACUUUUCAGCCACCCUCCCAGAGCCCCACAAUCCGUCCAAAUCGAUGCCAGGUGGUCAGCAGCUCUACUGUUUCUCCAAGGCGCCACAUCCCAACCAGCACCAGCAACAGGAGGCGGCACUCUGCACGGGCCAAACGGAGCAAUCGAUGCGGAUGCAUUGCUGUGCCAGCUCCAGGGAGUUCCAUCAGUCGCGGCAGGCCAUCUAUCUGUGCUCCCUGCUGGAGGAGCGCACCAGUGCCAGUCACCAUCCUCCUCCUCUGCAGGACUCUCUGAGCAGCUUCCAUUGCUGCUCGAGCUUUGCCGCCAGCUCCCUGCAGCGUCGCGUGAGUGUCGCCAAGGGGACACUGAUCUCUGGUGAGCCACGACCCCAGCGUCCAGCCACGUAUCUGCAGUACACGGAACAGUGCACACUCUGCACCUUUCGCCUGCGACGCGAGGGAGCUGCAGCAGGCGCUCCCAGCAGUGCUGGGGGAAGCAGUAGCACCCGGACUCUGUCCAGUCAAGCGGGUGUUUCCUCCGCAUCGGCAACUGGGGCGGCAGGGAACAUCUCCAAGCAUCAGCGUUGGCGCAGGAAAUGGAACUGCUGUGCCAGUGUCCCCGACAGUCCCGAUGUACCCAAUGAUCUCCUGGCGGCUCUGACCUUCAGAGAGCGCGAGAAUGCAGAAGCGGCGGCCAAGCUGAAUGCCCAGGAGCUGCCCAUACAAUUUAUACGAACUCUGAACGGGGGCAUGGAUCAUCCGGAGGUGGAACUGCCCAUGAAGACAACGACAACGACGCCGCCGCGCAGCUCUCGAUUGCGGCACAUGCUGCGCCUUCUGGGACGCUAUCGAAGGCCCCGGUGUCGCCAUCAUGGUGGGGCCCAUGGCGUGGCAGCCAAGGAGCAUCAUCAGCAUCAUGGCGGGGGGGGCACUAUCAAACAGAAUCAGAUACGUCCAUUGCAACUGCAGGCGGCAGGACGUGGCUACGCAGCCUCCACGACAACAACGCUACCCGGAAGUUCGCCAAGUCGGAGCUCAGCAGAGAGCAGCAGCGAAUCGGUGAGCACCAGCACCAGUCCCUCCAGUGGCUCCAAGAAGGAGCUAAUGCUGUUGCCGACAUCCGUGAUCCGAGAUGAUAGUGUGACAACCUAUACACUCACCCUGCCACCGGCACUGCCGCCACCCACGCGACGCAAGAUGCCGCAGGCCAGUCAGGAGUUGGCAGAGCUGGCCGAAUCUCUGGGGUUUGUCAGCAGUAAUCAUCAUCAUUCGCCGCAGCAGCAGCAGCAGCAACACUUGACACCCAACAGUCGACAGUUGCCCUAUAGCCUGGGGAAUGUCUAUCGAAGGCAAAGGAGGAAGCAUUUCCUGCGCACUCGAUCGCCCACACUGUCGCCCAUCCAUGAAUCCGGCCUCAGCAAUCCGACAUCGCCGCAACCGCUGCGGCAUCACCCACACAAUAAUCUAACACUCAGCUCUAACUCCAAUCCGGCCAAAUGUUCGUCCCCACUCGCCAACCGUUCAUCGAUGUCCUCGUCCUCGGUGCUCGUACAGAAUCUAUGCAGUCUGGCAGGCGAGACCCUAAGGAAGACAUCGUCCAAUAGUUCGCUCCAAAGCAUCAGCUCCAACUCUAGCAGCACUUAAAUGAAAUGAGAGGAGCACACCUCGUAUAAAGGAGUGUGCUGUGGUGUUAAACAGUUCCUCGCAUGGUUUCUGUUUGGUCCUUUAGAUUGUAGUCAUAGUCAUAAACAUAGUCGUCGUCCCCUUGGUUCUUGGUGGAUCCAGGAAAUCAAUUAAUCUCCAAAUAAUUAUCCAAAGUCAUAACCAAUUGAAAUCAAUUAUGGGCCCCCCUAUCGGCGGAGUAGCAGGAAAUUGCCAUUGGAUGCGAUGUGGUUUCAUGAACCGAAAUGUAAUUGCCUUUUUUGCACGGCCUAUGGCCUGUUGGGGUGCUUUGGUUCCUCUUUGUUUGAGUUUAAAUUGAAUGCAUAUUUGAUGUAUAAGAAAUUCUGGCCUGGCCCCUCGAUUGCCAAUUGAAAAUUAUAUUAGUUUGUUUGAAUUUCUCUCUCAAAGAAACUACGGAAACGUGAUCUAAACUUGAAUGGAAUUUACCAUUUAGCUGUGUAGCUGUUGAAAAUGGUUAGUUCAUUUUAAUCGUAGGAUGGUUAUUCUAUUAGUUCUUAGCUGUUAUGAUAUUCUACAAUGAUUAACUUUUUUAUCUUCGAUUUUUGUUAAGAAUCAUUAUGAACUUCCGUUCAGUGUGGAAUCUUCUCGUCUUUGAAAUUAUAAGUUGUAAAUGGGGUACCAGGUGCUGUGGCCUGAUAAUCGCAUUUCUUUUGGAUAUUUUCCGUUUCCGUUUUCUGUUUCUGUAUUUUUCCUAUUGGAAUUCCAUUUAAACCCUCCCAUUUUUGCGACAUCGUUAGAUAGAAACUGCAUUAUCCCCACUCUAUAGCACCUACCUACUUCAUACACUGCUCGUCAGUACUCUCACCUACACGGUCUGUAUCUUGUCUUCUGUUUUAUGCUUAAGAUCUUAGUCUUGUUUUGUUGGUGAAUCAUUUAACUAUUUUUUUUUGAACCGCCAUUGUGCUUGACGGUGACUUUAAGUUGGUUUGACGACAAAAAAUUAAUCGUUUUAAGUCAGACACUCCUGGUAUUGGACUAGAGAUGCUACUAUACAGUCCCCAAGUACUGUGCGGCAAACCGUCAAGCACGGUGGCAGUUCAAUAAUGGUUUGGGGGUGUUUUUAUACUGAAUUAGUGUAACAGUUUUGCUCGUCAUAUAUGCCUAACAAUAUCUGCUUAUCCUUUGUCUUCAUUGAAUGACUUUGCAGUUGAAUUUAUAAAAUAUGCAACAGCAUGUGCUGCAAAUGCAGCCAAGGGUUCGCGUCAUCUGCUGUGUGUGUGUGUUAUGUGUGAGUGAAGCAGUUGGAGGACAGGUCACAAAGGGGGAGCAGCUCCACACAGAUAUUGAUUUUCAUUUUCCACAAAAUGUAUAAGCAAAGGCGUUGGGGUGAUUACGUAUUGUACGAGUACGUGAGCAGGAGUAUCUGUAUAUCCACUCGUAUAUCCUGGUAUCAUCUGUACAAGAGAGACAGAACCAUUCCACCAUUGGCGCUGUGCCUCGCCCCAAGGGAAGCAGACUGCUGAUGCUGCUGCAUGUUGCCAAAUUGUUACGCAAAUGUUUUCAUUCGAUUUAAAUUCAAAUGCAGUGACAAAACUCGACAAUAGACACGAGAGAUACGACAGAUACGAGUAUGAGCUAGAAGGGGCAACCCCCUUGCCCCCUUGUGCCCCCGCCAAUGGUAAUUGUUAUGGCUCUAAACUUGAUUUUGAUGACUGACUCACAGACAGACAGAGAGAGCGAGAGACCCAUUAAAUAUGCUGACAAAACUGAAUAAUUAAUGAAAUACAAGUCGAAAAACCGAUAGAAGUACCUACUAUACCAGCUAGGAAAUACGUCAAAUGUGAGAUUGAAUAGGGGACUGAGCUCCUAUUUCUGUUCCUGUUCCUGUUCCUACAGCUGUCAUUCAGUGGAAAAGUUCAACGAAUGGUUGGAUGGAUAUCAGGGUUUGCUUUGACUAGUGCUUGCCAUAACGAGGACGCACAUCAGGAGGACUCCUUGUGAUCCUCCCAUUUCCAUUAUUGAAACUGACAGUCGAGGCAGAAAGCCAAAUGGAAAGUCCAUUUUUAACUGGCUAACACACACUGGUGGGGGUGUUAUGUGGGAUGUGGCACUAGUAAUGGUGUGGCCUGAUGGUGGGGCAUGGUGUGAUGUGAGACGGAUGGAUGAAUGGAUUGUUAGCGCGAGAAUUGAGUGCAGGAAAUAGCUGUAGAGGAGGUGUUCGAUGUCCAAGGUGUGGCAGUUGCUUCACUCAGAGUGUGAUUAGUUUUUUUUUUCUUUCUGUUUCUUUCCGUCUGUUAAACAGACAUUCUAAAUCAAUUUUCUUGCCCUUCAUCAUUCAGCUUUUGAAUUGUAAAUUGUUUUUGAUUAAUUGAGGGACUUUUACCUCUUUGACCCAUGUAUGUUCCUUCUUUCAUUAAUCAUUUGUCUUUAACGUUUUAAUCCCUAAAAAAAUCAUUUCAAUAAAUUAAAUUGAAAUUUUAAAGUAUAUUAAAGUACAUCAAAGCAUAUCUGCUGUAAACUUUUGUUCGAAAGAAAACUUCUUUUGUGAUUUGGCAAAAGUUUACCAAAAACUUUUUAACUUAAAAAAAUAGAGAGGAAAUAAAAUGCGAUUCUAUUUUUGGUUAACUUUUGUUCCUAACUCACAUAAAAAUGUUACUCA